CUAAUGACACGUGACACACAGCGGAACUUGGUGACGUCGCAGAACAACAAAGAUGGCAGGAAUAGGAAGCAGCAACUACUGGGAGGAUCUGCGAAAGCAGGCCAGGCAGCUGGAGAAUGAACUUGACCUGAAGUUGGUCUCCUUCAGUAAACUGUGUACCAGCUACAGCAGCUCCAGGGAUGGACAUCGAGGAGACACGUCAGACACCACCCCACUGUUAAACAACUCUACCCAGGACAGGAUGUUUGACACCAUGUCAGUGGAGAUUGAACAGCUGCUGGCCAAAUUGACUGCAGUUAAUGACAAGAUGGCGGAGUACACCAACGCCCCGGGAACGACUUCUCUCAAUGCUGCACUCAUGCACACUCUUCAGAGACACAGAGACAUCCUACAGGAUUACACACAUGAAUUCCACAAAACCAAAGGCAACUUCUUGGCUAUCCGAGAAAGGGAAGACCUGCUGGGGUCCGUCAGGAAAGACAUCGAGACAUAUAAGAGUGGCUCCGGGGUCAACAACAGAAGAACAGAGCUGUUUUUAAAGGAGCACGAGCACCUGAGAAAUUCGGACCGACUGAUGGAUGACACAAUAAGUAUUGCCAUGGCGACCAAGGAGAACAUGACCUCCCAAAGGGGCAUGCUGAAAUCCAUACAGAGCAGGGUCAACACGCUGGCCAACCGUUUCCCCACCAUCAACAAUCUCAUCCAGCGAAUCAACCUGCGGAAGAGACGGGACUCUCUCAUCCUUGGUACAGUGAUUGGCGUCUGCACCAUUCUCCUCCUCCUCUAUGCUUUUCACUGAAACCUAGGCACAGUGACAUCUUUAAAGGAGCAGGAUUGAUCUGCUCUUUGUAGUGUGGGAACCCCAGGAAACUGAGCUCAGUGAUAGGAGGAGCCCGGAGGCCCCUGAGCAGAAGGACAUUCAGUUGGUCCAGUUUCUGGGACAGGAACAAAUUUGGCCAACAUGAACUACUGAACUUGUAUUUAGCAGUGGGACAGAUGGAGGGCUGGUGGUUGGGUGCUCUGCUCUUCUGCCAACAAGGGAAUGGAGACCAAAAGUACAGAUAAGACUAGAUUUUAAAAAAUCAUAUUGAUAACACUCUUGAAGAGAAACUAUGUGGCGAAAGAGUGAAGAGACUGUGUGAUGCAUAAUUCUUUUUCACAGGUGGAAGGAUUUUUAGUUGAAUUAUCCUUUUUAAUUGAUGAAGUGGGAUGGAUAGUUCGUUGUGGGCUGUAAAAUGUGAAUUAAUAAAUUAUUCAUAUCAGUAUGUGCAAAAAA